GGCAGACAGGCAGGCAGAGAGCAGUGCGCGGCGCUCGUGUGCGAGUCUCGUCGCGUCGGGGUCGCGCUGCGCCGUUCUCGACGCUGGAGUUUGACUGCACGAGGACGUGGUGGUGGUGGUGGUGGUGGUGUUGUUGUCGCCGCCCCGGGGACACUCGACGAUGCUCUCGUCGCGCUUGGCGCUACUGCCGAUCCUGCUCGCUCUCGGCAGCGCGCUCGGCAGGGCCGAGGACAGCAUCGACCUCAACACAGUGCAAGCAUGGUCGUCCAAGAUAGGCUUCGAGCUGAACGAGGUAGGCAGGUAUCUGAUCAACAUCGAGAGGUUCCAAAAGUCCUACAAGGAUGCCACGAUCAAGGUGGUCGAGGGUAAAACUAUCGUGCAGUCCAUCGCCGCCGAGAUCGAGAAAAUGCUCGACUCCAAAGUGGAAGCUAUUAAGCGGAUAAUGGAUGUGGCCCAGGCCAAAGCAAAGUCAGCUUACGACUCGGAGGUGGUGCGCGAGCCGCCCGACGCCGAGUACGAGUACAAGGACGUAAAGAACUACACGACCAUAACGACCACUUACAACGAGCACUUCGACGAGACAGUCAACCUCAACUACUCGGCGAUCCACGUGCCGACGACGGUUUACGGUCGCGAUAAGAACGUCCUGCCGGCGAUACGCUGGUCGGAGGAGCUCGACGAGACCUUCAAGAACAAUUACCGACAGGACCCGUCGCUGUCGUGGCAGUACUUCGGCAGCUCCACGGGCUUCAUGAGACUGUACCCAGCCACACAGUGGACGCCCAACGGCAGCGAUUGUCACGACCCCGACCUGUACGAUUGCCGCACGAGGAGCUGGUACAUCGAGGCGGCUACCAGCCCCAAGGACGUUCUCAUACUCGUCGACAUCUCCGGCAGCAUGACCGGCAUGAGGAAGGAGAUUGCCAGACACGUGGUCAAUAACAUUCUCGACACACUUGGCAACAACGACUACGUCAAUAUCAUCAAGUUCUCCAACAUCACGGAAUACGCGGUGCCGUGCUUCGGCGAGGGUCUCGUGCAGGCGAAUCUGGCCAACAUCCGCGAGCUGAAGAACGGCAUCUCGGAGAUGACGACCGAACGCAUCGCCAAUUUCACGAUGAUCCUGUCUUACGCCUUCGAAUUGCUAGCAGCCGCGCGCAACGAACGUCUGGGCUCGAGUUGCAACCAAGCGAUCAUGCUGAUCACCGACGGUGUGCCCGACAACUACAAGGAGAUCUUCCAGCGCUACAACUGGGCCGACAGUCCCGACAAUCCAGAAAUGGCCGACAUGCCCGUUAGAAUGUUCACGUACAUAAUCGGGAGAGAAGUCGCCGAUAUCAGGGAUUCCAGAUGGAUGGCUUGUGCCAAUCGCGGUUACUUCGUCCAUCUCUCCACGUUAGCAGAAGUUCGAGAUCAGGUCUUAAACUACAUAUCAGUAAUGGCACGUCCGCUGGUGCUCAAUAGCACCACACAUCCAACCAUAUGGACUCAAGUCUACGCGGACAUUGCCGAUCCGAAGAUCACCGACUGGCUGUGGGAUAAGAAAGAGCGGAACGAGCAAAAGGAGCGCUACUGGAUCUAUCGCAAAAAUACCAAAUUUAUGAACCUCGAUGAUGAAAUGAAGGCCUUUGAGAAAAGAAUGAGGAAACAUCCGAACCUCGCCGGUGAUCUUUACAAGUACAGACUGAUGACUUCUGUCAGUAAGCCGGUGUAUGAUGAGCGCGAUACCGCGAACAUCACAGAGUCGGUGCUGAUCAAAAACGCCUACUGGGUUGAACAGACGAGAGAGAUGAGGGUUGCAAAUUUGCUUGGCGUUGCGGGAACCGACGUUCCGAUCGACGAUAUUAAACAACUGAUGGCUCCCCAUAUGUUGGGUGUUCACGGUUAUGCGUUCAUUAUCACCAACAACGGCUACAUUUUAACUCAUCCGGAUCUGAGGCCGGUUUUUCAAGGUAUUUUAAGGCCAGCUUACAAUAGCGUAGAUAUGGCGGAAGUCGAGCUGGUGGACGGUGACGACGUGUCCAGACAAUUCAACGAAGGAUUGCUGCAGUUUCGAGCGGAUGUGGUGAAUCAGAAGGAACACAGCGACAUCAUGCUCACCACGAAGUAUCAUUACGAUCACAGGAAGCGCGUCGGGAAGCUGAAAAGAAAAUACGAUUCGACGCCAAUCAAAGGUACUCCAUUCACGUUGGUCGUCAGUUUGCCCUACUUCAAGAACAAUGCCAAUACUUACGUAGUGCAGGCAACCAAAGACAUUCGACGCGAGGACUUUGACAAAAAUAUUCGCGCAGCCAAAUACUUCGCGGGCAAAAACUGGCGGAUCCAUCCGGAAUGGCUGUACUGCAAAUCUUACUUCAAGGGCACUAUUACAUGGAAGAAAACGAAAUACAUCUCUAACACACAGUACAAAAUAACACCGAGACACCCGUACUACUUCGAGAACGUGUACAAUUUCUCCAGUCCCGAGGAGGAGCUGCGUCACUUUUUGAAGAAAGCCACGGAACCCUCGUGGAAGUGGGGUACCAAGCCUUCCGAACAAUCUGCUCAGGGCGCGAAGAAGGCUGGCGAAGAGAGCUCCGAGUCGCACUACUGCAACAGGGAUCUGAUCUCGAGUCUAGUGUACGACGCGAGCGCGACCGAAUGGUUCGCCGAUCCCAACGGCAGUCGCAACGACAAAGGGAAAGAGCAAAUGCAGCGCUUCGGCUUCGUGCUGGCAUUCGUGGCGACUAGAAGCGGCCUGACGAGGUGGCAGGACCUGCCGGUCGAAGGCUUGGAAUGGAGCGACUUGCCGGCGGACCACUUCAGCCGGCUGUACCCGCGUGCCAUCGACGAGGUCUGGUACAAGCGAGCCGUCGAACAACACUACGUGCAGCCCGAGAGCUUCGUGUUCUCGGUGCCGAUCGACGAGGACGGCGCCAGCAACUCGACCCUCGUCACCGUCAGCCAGGCCGUCUUUGUCGAGAGCCCAACGAUGAAGGCGCCGGCGGCGGUGGCCGGCUUCCAGAUGACCCACGCCUCGCUGCAGGCCUGGUUUCACAACAUCACCACGUGCCAGGACAAGCACUGCGAGCGCCACUGCGGCCACGACGAGGUGGACUGCUUCCUGGUCGACAACCAUGGCUACAUCGUGGCCGCGGCCAAACCCGCGGACGCCUCGCUGGCCGGGCGCUUCCUGGGCGCGGUGCAUUCCAUCGUCAUGGACCGGCUGAUCCGCUCGGGCGUCUACGAGAAGGUCACCGUGUUCGACUACCAGGCCGUCUGCCAGAGGCCCACCGCGGAGACCAACCACGGCAGCGUUCUGCUCACCCCGUUCAAGGCCAUCGCGCUGCUGGCCUCGUGGAUGUACGGUCAGCUGGCCCUGACGCUCGCUCGCGCCGGCCUCUGGAGCCUCGAAUACGCGGAAGCCCUGGCCUACCCCAACGACGAGAUCGAGCUCGAGAGGCCCAGCGACGCGGACGAGCCGUCGGCCGAGGCCGAGGCCAUGGCGGCCGACAACGGCAACAAGCCCGCCGCCGAGAUCAAGGAGGACGCCAUCUACGAUCACUUCGUCAGGAUCCAAAGAUCCAAACUCGAGCCCUGCGACCAAUACGUGGACCUGUAUCUGCUGUCUGAGAUACGAGCCAACAACUCGGUCUACGACAACCCGGAGGAGAACAUCCAGGGCUGCGACUAUCUCAAGUACAUAGUGCAGCCGGUCAACGCGACCAAUAUGAUUCUGCUGGUGAUCGACAAUGCGCAGUGCAAGGCGACGCUCCAGUUCGACACGCUGCCGCAGGAGGUCACCUAUUCGAUCAACUCCAGCACGCUGGCUUGUCAGAAGAGCCGAGCCAACUUGGAACGCGUGCGGCCUCAAUCUUGCAUUCGCUAUCAUCCCAAAGAGAGCGAGAUCAAGGAUCUCUGCGGUCGCGGCUCAUCCAAUUCGCGACUCGACUUUAGGCUGCUACUCGCCCUCGGUCUACUCGUGCAUUUUGCCGGAUCGAGCCAGCGUUGAAAACUCCCCCCCCCCCCCCCCCAUCUCUCUCUAUGAUAGGGUGCGACGGAUGCCGGCGUCCGAAUAUUAUUACCGAUCACUCCUGUACUUUCGCGUCUCUCUCUCUCUCUCUCUCUCUCUCUCUCUCUCUCUUUCUCUCUUUCUCUCUUACUCAUUCUGUCUAAGUGUAAGUGUGCGAGCCAAAGUCAAACUCGACGACGACACUGACGGACAUGCGAGAAAAAUUAAUGACUGUGUUGCGUUCGUACCGCGCUUCAGGCGUCAACCUCUCGAAGCACACACGCCACUCGUCGGCCCUGACCUUUUGCCAGCUCUUCAUUUUUUUCAUCGACCGAGUAUCUUUCUUAUCAUGAAUCUGUCACGCACACACAUACACACACAUACACACGCGCGCGCACACACAGACACACACACACAAUGGCAAACGAAUUUAUCAGUAGCGAGUAAGUCGUAAAUACGUACGUGUAAGGGCCGACGACGUGCGAACUGUUGGAGGCAAGCGCGACCAAAAGAGAAUAGAGGAAAAACAACCACUGCUAAUAUUGCUAAUUGACUACUACUGUUACAUUCGUACAUUCGCGUUUUGUACAUUAAAAGAGAAAAAAACAAACAAAACAAACUAUGAGAUAUGUAAUUUACUAUUUAUAGAGACUAUUAACUUAUAAUUGAUUUUUGUAAAUUACUGUAAUGUAUAUAUAUUAUAUAAAGGUAAUAUAAGAUAACAAUUACCAAAGAGUGUAAGAUUGUGUGCCUUUGGUCACGCGGUUAAAACCAGAUCUUGUAUGUUUU